GUAUUAUUUGAGGUUUUUAACACGCACGACGACGACACACAGCUACGAUUUUCUUUGUUUUGCAAUCGAGGAUAUUUUUCGAAACCGCUCUCACUAACCAGCGUGAUCAGGUGGAAUAGUAUAGUGCUUCUGAGUUCUUCUUCUUCUUCUUGAGUCAAGCAGAGACGAGUUUUAAAUAAAUCAAAAAGAAAAUCUAAAUCAUGCCUCAGAAGUCCCUCAUCAUGAAGAAAAUGUCAAUCGAUGCGUUUUCUUGCGUGAAGACGUGGUCCUCGUUUUCUUGCGUGAAGACGAGCGUUCGCGCAGUCCACCUUGCCAGUACUAGGGGGCCGCAGCAGCAGAUAGUGUUUUCAUCAUGCACAUUUUAGCAUCACAAAUUUUUCAGACCCAGACAUUUUUGCACUUGAUAUGAGAACACCUGGGACGAGCAUGAGGAGCAGGACCAUUACGCUAAUUGCGAGUGCGACGCGUGUAUCAAAUGCAAAAAUGUCUGGGUCGUCUGGAAGAAUGCGAGUUUGCCAUGCUUGUUUGGCAUGACUCGAGAAUCUGUGUUGCAUAGGCACGAAAAGGCCCUCACCCUCUUACGUGUCAUGCAAAAACGCAGUUUGCCAUGCGGAGUACGUAAGAAAGGGCAGCCACAAAAUUUGUCAUGCAUAGCUGCGUAUUGCAGUGCGUCUACCAUUCAUUUUAAGCAUUACAAGUUUGCAGACCCAGACCUAUUUUUUGCACUCGAUAGCGUGCUGCGCGAGGAAGAAAAGGGGCAUGUCCGCGUUUACCUUCCGCGAUAAGUGGCGCUGCGACUAUCCGGAGUAAAAUAAACGUCCCCACCCCAGAGUUGUCUUGCAGAAUUGCAAUGACAAGGAAAUUUGUGGUGCGCAUACCCAUGGUAGACAUCUCCGAUCGUGUUUUGGAAUUUGUGAUGCUGUGAACAGGAAAGGCAGAUGAAUCUGUGAAGAUUCGGCUGCACUUGCUAACCUGCACUACUACACUGCGGAGUGCAACUUGUCAUGCGUGACUCCCAAAACUCCUAGGCUUGUGCUGCAAAAUAAUCCCCAUCCUGACUCUGGUGUGGGGACGUUUUUACUCAGGAUAGCGACGAGAUGGGGUUCUACUCGCUCGACGCCUAUGCUGGCUGGAUUUCCCCUGGUAUCGAACGCACGUCCACAUUUCCUCCUACCACCGGCGCAACCCCGAGGUCGACAUCAGCACAGUCACCGGAAACGCCGGCGCCCGGAGAUCCGAAAAUAGCCGAGCAGGCACCGGAGACGUCCCCGCCCGGAGGAGGCCCGACAACAACCAAAGCUGCACCGGAGACGCCCCCGCCCGGAAGAGGCCCGACAACAACCAGGGCACCGGUGAGUGAAAAUUAUACCGGUGACAAUGUCGACGCAACUACCGGGAACCAGCGGCAAGCACGCAUAUGACAAAGAAUAAAAGAAAUACUCUAGCACCACCAGCCUUGAUGCAGAGCCUAUGCCUAAGUAAAAAGCAGGUGCAGGCUUGUGGCCCCAGAACCUAAGCCAAGCCACAGGUUUUGGCAUCGUGCUAGAGAACAUCAUCUGGUCAACAUUUUUAGACGUCCGAGAGGAAGCAAAGAACAUCAAGCUGUUGCAUUUCGAUGUUUGCGCUCUUGCCUUGUUACAACUGCCAUAGAAAAUAAAUCUGCUGGCGUGUGCUGUAAAAGUCUAUUGAAGAUGUUGAGUAAAAAAUUAAAAGAAAAAUAUACUACGUUUACAAAGAUGCGAAGAUAAUAAAUUUUUACCUUCAAGAACUACAAGUGGUGCUAGAGUCAUUUGCUUGCAUAAGCAGGAAGAGAUGAAUGGGACGACCGCCCGGCCCUGCGCAAUGAACAUCAUGAUGGCCGCAGCACUCCAAAUAUCCACAGUAAAUUUCCCGUACACGUACAAAUGCGGUCUCUGCAUGACAAAACUUGGCUUCGAUUCUAGCUUAACAUGACAAGUUUUACGCUCCUAAUUGGCGAAAUUUGUGACGCGCCUUGUACAUGUACGGGAAAUUUGUAUUGCAUACCAAACCAGGAAGGCGUUGCUGGCGUUGUCAGCACCCCGGGCGAAAUACCUCUUGACACCCCCCAGCACUCGGAGCUGCCCGAUGAAGCCAAGUGCUGCGCAGGGGCAGAUCAUGAACGCGUGUUGGUGUUGUCCGGAACAAGAAGGCCGUGACAGCGUUUUAAUACCUAUCCUGUGCAAAAGUAUCGUACUCGUAUUGCAAUCAUGCAUUACAGGGCAAAUCCCCAUUACAAAUUUUAUUUCUGACGCUGAGGAAAUUUGUAAUGCAUUUAUACGAGUGCGAUACUUUUGGUUUUGCAGCUCAUAAUGCCAUGCACUUAGCUAUCAUGAUGAUGAUCACGAACAAUGCCACUUCUGUACUACCUGUACUAGAUUUAAACAAAAUCUAUAGCGUCUAGACCCUUCUCCUUCUCGUCUGCACCAGUGUAAUUUUUCGUAUCAUUUUCCUUUUCAUUUCACCCCAGCCCCACGGAACAGCUCCGUCCGACAACAUUCCAGAACUUCCGUAUAUUAGAUGUGCAUCGUUUAUACAAAUUUUUUUCUUUAGAAGAUUCUUUUUUUCGUCAUUCACAUUCAAAUUUUUACAUUCGACCCUUAUCUUCCUAUGUGUCGCACCAUGAUUAAAUGUUGCCACUGAAGACUUUCUUACUCGUUAUUGUCUUUCUGCAAACAACCAUGAAGGAAGUAGUGCGUACAUGUAGACCUCCAACUUCUAGUAGCCUGAUUUCAAUACCAGCUCCCCCGUCCUCGUGCUUUCCCCCUGCUUCCCCCAUCAAGACAGAGACCUGAAAUAAACGUGCGAACCCCGACAAGAAAUAGCAGUUGUGACUUAGGGCCUGAGAAGAUCACAGUUCCUAGUAAGCCUGCUACUUGACCGCAACAAGAUGCGACGUUCUGAAUGUACCAGUAUAAUAUGAUCCGA